AUGGAGGAUCUAAAUGGUGACUACUUCUCAUUGCUAGUUGAUGAAUCUGGUGAUGUGUCACGUAAGGAGCAAAUGGCAAUUGUUUUGCGAUAUGUUGAUAAAUGGGGAUCUAUGGUGGAACGGUUUAUUGGGAUCGUUCAUGUUCGUGAUACUAGUGCUUUAUGUUUAAAAAAAGUAAUUGUUAACUACCUUCCUCAAUAUUCUUUGAGUUUAUCUCAUAUACGUGGACAAUGCUAUGAUGGAUCAAGCAAUAUGCAAGAACGUCUAAGUGGCCUUAAAACUUUGAUUCAACAAGAAAGUAGAUCAGCUCAUGCGAUUCAUUUGAGAUGUUCUUUUAAGCGCAUGGAUGAACUUCAAAAAUCUCAAGCAGAAAAAGUACAAGAGGCACUAGAUAUGGGCGAGGUUGAAACUGGUAAGGGAUUGAAUCAAGAACUUGAUCUUGCUAGGGCUGCCAAUAUUUGUUGGGGUUCACACUACAAAUCUUUUAAAAAAUUCAUUAGCAUGUUUGUCUCUAUUACUGAUGUUCUUGAUACUAUUGUUGUUGAUUCUGAAUGUGAAUAUAGAGCUAAGGCACCAGGAUUUCUCAGGGUUUGUCAAACAUUUGAUAUUACGUUCAUAUUGCACUUAAUGAGAGAUAUUUUGGAGAUCACAAAUGAACUUAAUGAAUCAUUAUAA